UAUAGAGCAGACUCCCCUGGCCUCUCGAUCCCCCUUUCUUUCGUAGAUGCUGCAAAGAAUUGGGCCUAAGAAGAUCCUUGGUGGCAGUUCCCCAGCCAGCAAUCAAGACUGGCAAUCCUAUAUUCUCCUAAACACCUCUCGACCAAGCUUUGUCUUGGGCUGCUGGUGAUAUGCAGAAGUUAUAGGGUAGUUCUCUGAUUUUUCUGUACCUCCAAUGCCACCAGUCAGAAAUGCAGCAGAAGCAGCAAUCUUCCAAAUUGAUUUCUUGGAAUGGGAUCUGCAAUAAUCUCUGCAGGACUUCUAGCAAGUACUGUGGCAUUGGAGAUAUGCUAGACUGCCCUGUCCUGCGAUGCUGUAUGUCUGGUCAUCAAUUGAUCAUCUCCUCUCGGGCAACCUGUCUUCUGGGAGGCAGAAGGCAUUCAGAACAUUGCAUCUCCAAUGCCGCGCCGGAAAGUGGGUUUUAUACCAUAGAUACAGACUGCCUGCCCUUUCCAAUGGGCAUGGAGGCGCUUCCUAAAAUCACACAUCCGGGGAAGAUACCAACUCUUAGAAGCAGCAAAACAGAGGCUUGGGAAGAUCCGCCUUUCUAGAGGUGGUAAUUCUAUCCUCUGAAGGCAUAUAUCAC